CACUUUUUUUUUUUUUUCCUUUUCUAACGUGGAACGAAAGAUUAGAAAAUUGGAGCCUCGUGCGGAUGGAGCACGCGCUACUCAGCCACAUCAACCACUAACUAACAAACAACGAGCUUUACUGUUUUUUUGGGGGCUUUGGUUUGGAAUUUAAAUCGAUUUUGGUUUUCAUGAAGGCUUCGUAAGCGCCCGUCAUGUGAGUAAUCUGAGAGAAGGGCCUUCGUUUUUCUUCUUUUCAUUAUUUUACCUCAGGAAGCGUUUUAACGGAUCUUUGUUCAGUUUGCUGAAACCUUCACGUCGUCUCCACUAUUCACUAUGGCUGAUUAUCUGAUCAGUGGAGGGACCGGCUAUGUCCCAGAAGAUGGACUCACUGCCCAGCAGCUCUUUGCUAUAGGAGACGGUCUCACAUACAAUGAUUUUCUCAUCCUGCCUGGUUUCAUCGACUUCACCUCAGAUGAAGUGGAUCUGACUUCGGCUUUGACCCGGAAGAUAACCCUAAAGACACCGCUCAUUUCAUCUCCCAUGGACACUGUGACCGAGUCGUCUAUGGCCAUCGCUAUGGCUCUCAUGGGUGGAAUUGGCAUCAUCCAUCACAACUGCACACCGGAGUUCCAAGCAAAUGAAGUUCGGAAAGUGAAGAAAUUUGAGCAGGGCUUUAUCACAGAUCCGGUAGUGAUGAGCCCUCGGCACACGGUUGGCGACGUGUUCGAGGCUAAGGUACGGCACGGCUUCUCCGGCAUCCCUGUAACCGAAACUGGCAAAAUGGGCAGCAAGCUGGUGGGAAUCGUCACAUCACGAGACAUUGAUUUCCUGUCAGAGAAAGACUAUGACAGACCAUUGGAGGAGGCGAUGACAAAGCGUGAGGAUUUAGUGGUAGCACCAGCUGGAGUUACUCUAAAAGAGGCUAACGACAUACUGCAGCGCAGCAAGAAAGGUAAACUGCCCAUUGUGAAUGACAGUGAUGAACUGGUGGCUAUAAUUGCCCGUACUGAUCUGAAGAAGAACAGAGAAUACCCUCUGGCCUCUAAAGACUCACGUAAACAGCUGCUCUGUGGUGCCGCCAUCGGCACACGUGAGGAUGACAAAUACCGACUGGACCUGCUCAUGCAGGCUGGAGUGGACGUGGUGGUGCUGGUAAUUGUGGAUUCCUCUCAGGGAAACUCUGUGUUUCAGAUCAGCAUGAUCAACUACAUUAAACAAAAGUACCCUGAGCUACAGGUGGUAGGAGGAAAUGUUGUGACAGCUGCACAGGCAAAGAAUCUGAUUGACGCAGGUGUUGAUGCUCUCAGAGUGGGCAUGGGCUGUGGAUCCAUCUGCAUCACUCAGGAAGUGAUGGCAUGCGGGAGACCCCAAGGCACCUCUGUGUAUAAAGUAGCGGAGUAUGCGCGCCGUUUCGGAGUGCCGGUAAUCGCAGAUGGUGGCAUUCAGACAGUUGGACAUGUAGUGAAGGCUCUCGCUUUGGGAGCAUCCACAGUGAUGAUGGGCUCCUUGCUUGCAGCAACCACAGAAGCUCCUGGUGAGUAUUUUUUCUCAGAUGGCGUAAGACUGAAGAAGUACCGUGGUAUGGGCUCUUUAGACGCCAUGGAGAAAAACAGCGGCAGCCAAAAACGCUAUUUCAGUGAGGGUGACAAGGUGAAGGUAGCUCAAGGAGUAUCAGGCUCAGUUCAGGAUAAAGGCUCUAUCCAUAAAUUUGUGCCAUACCUCAUUGCUGGAAUUCAACAUGGCUGUCAGGAUAUUGGUGCAAAGAGCCUGUCCAUCCUGCGCUCUAUGAUGUACUCUGGAGAGCUGAAGUUCGAGAAGAGGACAAUGUCUGCUCAGGUGGAGGGCGGCGUCCAUGGCCUGCACUCAUAUACUUUUGUGCCAUAUUGCGGUUUUCCGCCACCAAUAAAGAGGAGUGCGAGUUGUGAGAAGCUUCUUGCUAAUCACUUGAACACAGUUAUGAGAAGCGGUUAUACUGAGGGUGGCAGCAGAGGACAUACGACCCUAGCUGUGACCAAACACAACUGAUUCAUCAGAUCUCUUCUACAUUCCUCUUUUGCUCCCAUUCUUCCUCCUGGUCGUCCUCCUUUGAAGAAACAAUGGUGUGUUUUUCCGAACCAGGUGUGUUCAGCAGCAGUCGUGCAGGCAUCCUGCACUCUACCUUUGUAACACAGACAUGGACAUUGCUGUGCACUGCUGUAUGAUGAUAACUGGCUUUUUAGUUUUGUUUUUUUGUUGUUUUCAUUUUCUCCUCAUAUGACAAUCCUCUUCUGUUUUAUGUAUCGUUGUCCUCACAGGAUAGUAUAACCCUCAUUGCUUUUCAACUUGUGUUCAGUGUAGCCAAAAAUGUCUUCUCUGUGGUCCUGUAAGCAAUAAGCUUUAAUACUGUGUACCUGGCUGGUGUUUUUGUCACUAUAAGGCUACUGGGUGUGAAACUGCGAAUGGUAAAUGGAAGUUAAUGAAGUUUAUAUAUAAAGUUUUUGUUCACAUUUCACAAAAUUUUUAGGUUUUCCAGUUUUCCAGCAGGCUUCUGUAAUAGAACCAGAAGCUAGGUGAGUGAUAGCCUUAACUUAAAAAUCAGAGAUCCUUUCCACCUGCACACCUUAGAAAUCAAGUUUUCUAGAAUUAAAAUGCUACACCAGAGAUUCUCUAUGAGUGGAAUUUAUUUUAGGAUUUUUAAUUCGGUAUCUACACAAAUACUUUCUUGGACAAAUGAAACAUCACCUAUGGAUCCAACACCACAAUAAUGAUUUACAAGCGGUUGCAGUUACGGUAGCGCUGCUUUGUAUCGGACACCCGACGUGGAUGACUUUGAUCUGAGAAGAGCAACAUUUGUUAUCCGUGUGUUAAAGAUUGUGACAUAACGCUAUAUCACUGCACAGUUUCCAUUUCCUGGAAGAGUCACAGCUCCUUUGGGGUUUGGAUAAUAAUGUAAGAAAAAUGUUAGUCGUGUACACUUACACUACACUAUACAAGUGUAAUACCAAAACGUGAUUAUGUGUAUGCUAUACAGUGAAUAUUAGACUUAAUUCAUUCCCAGGAACAAUUUCUAAUGUCCGAAGGUGUCAUCUCUGUUUGUGUGGAUGUGUGUUGUCUUUUUUUUUUUUUUUGCUUGAGAUAUUAGAAUUUUAGCAUGUAUAAAAUAGGUUUACUUUUCAACAGGUCCUCUUAUUUUGUCUGUGAUUGCUGGCAAGUCAGGCAGUUCCCUAAAUUUGUACAGAGUCUUUUGGACAAAAGAAACUGCUCAAAGAAAUCUAUUUUAUUAUAGUCCUUUAUUAUGUUCAAUGUUACUAUCUUAUUUUUGACAAUAUUCUGUAUAGUAGCUUAAUAAACCGAGGACCUGAAAUCUCAUGUAGACCGAACAGGAGACUACAGGACCAGAGUUCAUCAGACAGAGAAUGAUGUCAGAGCAAACAAUUUAAUCUCUGUGCUUAUAGCGAUGUGUAAAGCACAAUUAGAGGUAAAACGGUGCAGUUUUGGGGUGUUUGACCUCUAGGCAGAUGUAAUAAUUACUGCUUUGAAAGGCUUUUGCUGCUCAUGUAUUACUGUUGUACAGGAGUACCGCCCAAAGCUGAGCACUCAGCCAUGAUCUGCAAAAGGGUCACAUUAAUAAAGAUGGUUAUGAUCCAA